GCGCGGGUUGCAGCGUCCCUUCUCCAUGGUUCAAGGCCCUCCUGGCACCGGGAAGACGUCUUUCCUCGUGCAGUUCAUAGUGGCGGCGCUUUCCGUACGAGAUCGCAGAGCGAAACCUGACUAUGGCCGGAUCCUGGACACGGAUGUCCCGCCUCACUUGAUCACGCGAGUCUACUCCAGAACCAUUGAGCGCUCAUACGGCUAUUAUGCGAGGACCGAGUAUGCCUUCGAGAUUCAGCCUCAUCUGGAGGAGCAUGCGCUGCACUGGAAGGUGCAUGGCACAAGCCAAUUGAGAAUGGCACCGCCAGCAAGAAACCAACAGAAAGACUACGACAAGGCGUAUGAGGAUGCGGAGGUUUGGGUGUUGCAGAAGAGUCGGAUUGUCAUCACCACCUGCGCCAAUGCCUAUCUCCAUUCAGCCCUGAUGAAGGGGGACCCUCCGAAAAUCAUCCGCCCUGUCAAGUUCGACACUAUCGUUGUGGACGAGGCUGCCCAAGCUCCGGAGCCUGACGUGGUACUGCCGUCUACAUGUGCCCAAACUCGCGUUGUGGUCGUAGGUGACCAUAAGCAGCUGGGUCCUGUGGUACCAGAGCGGAACCUGUGUGCGCCUUACGUCAGCAUCCUGAAGAUGCCCUUCUUGGAGCGCAUGCUGAAGAACCCGCGUCGUUGGGAGGCUAGCACGAUGCUGAACAUGCAGUACCGCAUGCAUCCGUCCAUCAGAAGCUUCCCGUCCUCGCAAUUCUACGAUUCCAAGCUGGAGGACAGAGUCGUCAUCCCGCAUCGACCGCAGCUGAAUCGUAUCUGGCCAGAGGCCAGGGAGCAUCGUCGGUUCAUCGAUUGCCAAACGCCUCAGUCGAUGGGCCUUUCCCCUGAGCUGACGACGUGCGAUGCGGCACUAACGGAGAACAAGACUUCGCUCAAGAACGUCGGUGAAGCCAAAGUGGCUGUGGCUCUUUGUUCCUUGCUGCUGGGGCAAGGUGGCUGCUCAGCAAAAGACAUCGCCAUCAUCACGCCGUACCGAGCGCAGCAGCAUGAGAUUCGUGGCAGAUUGCAGAGAGACAUCGGCGCAGGCUCGGCAUGCAAAUAG